UUAGAUGAGGCGAUAUUUAGUUAAAAGGAUUUGAAUUUCAUCUCUAAUAAGAUUUGAAAGACCUUUCCCUUAGUCCCUCAAUCUAGCAUUCCGGCAGUCCAAAUCACUUAAAUUAAAAAAGGUGUGGAUAUGGUUUAAGUUUUUUUCCGCAUCAUGGAGCGCAAAGGAAACAAAUUGAUUUAAUUGAUAUUACAAUAAAUCUAAAUUUAGAAAAGUGGUGUAAUCUCCCGAGUGGAAGGGUUUUCCUUGAUCGUGUUAUAUAAACGCUGGCUUCUUUGAGUGGACCAUGAACUGAAUAACUGCAAAUCUAAAAGUUGAAGUUGACGCCGAUAAAGCUCGACCUUUAAGUAUCACACGAUAGAGAAAGAAGAAACGAUAUCCCGAUGGAAAGCACAAUUAUCAAGGUCGCUGUUUAUUUCUUGAUGCAGAGCAUCAUCAUCCCUGUCGCGCAUUCAAAGUCUUUUCCUAUGGAUCAAUCGCCACAAGGUUCGUCAUUAUCCGAUGUCCUGAAUGAUCUCCCAAAAGAAAGAAAACUAGAAGGUCACAAAACUAUUUCAAAGACAGAGUCGCCUCAAGGCGAACCUGCCGAGGAUGGCCAAAGCAAGUUCCUUUCUGUACUGCAGCGCUUCAAACGCAAUGCAAAUUACUGCGUGGAAAGCAGAACAAGAAGUUACAACAAGUGCCUCGGAAGGUAUAUCUCUGUCCCUAAAUGCAAAACACACAGCGUGGCUUGUUUAUCGGCGAAUAAUGUUGCAGCCAAGUGCAAAAACAAAUAUACAGUUGUCAAUGGUAUAAAAGGCAAAAGAUGCGUAAUCAAGGGCUGCUCAUGCGCAGUAUAAUGUCAACCUAUGCAUACUAACAUGUUGUAAGUGUUUGUACAUGAUGCAACAGUUCGCUAUUUUUUAAUAUAGGCACUAGAGUUAAUCAAAUUCGUCACAGAGUUUAACAUUAAAAAAAAGAAAACUGUAACGUAAUAGCUAGUAAUGAUGUUCAACAAGCUGCAAGUGCAGCAUGACAGAAUUAAGGUAAAAUAUAGUAUCACUAUGUGAUGUCGUUGUUCUUCAAGGACAGGGAAGCUUAUCUUGUAAAUUCACGCGAAUGUAGAAAUUUUAUCGUCACACUCCUACGUUAAUUGAUCACCAAAUGUUGGAGGAGAUUCAUCUUUCACUACACAUAGACUUUCCGAAUUAUUUAUUGACCAGUUAGUUUAUCUUGGAAAAAAUAUAUUUAUUACCAUAACGUGCUCCAGGCUAGCUUAUUGUUAAGCGUUACUAUGGAUGAAAAG